AUGAAGUUCACCACCACCGCCAUUGCUGCUACUGCCGCCACCAUGGUCUCUGCUCUUCCCCAGGCCACUCAGUUCGAGAAGAUCAGCCCCGGCGACACCUUCCACGUCAUGAGCCUUCGCACUGGCACCCCCAUCCAGUUCGGCAACAUGCAAGCCGCCAACAGCCGACUCUACAUCAACGCUCCUAAGCAGAACGAGACCAACUGCGGCGACGAGCACAACUACGCUACCUUCCAGCUCGGCCAGAACGGCACCCUCAACCUCUUCACCGAGGCCCCAUACCAGUCUGUCUACGUCGACCGCUCCGGCAUGGCCCAAGGCGCCAUCGGCUUCACCACUGGAGCUCAGCCCGGUCCCAAGUACGCUCAAUACGACGGCUGGUCCAUCACCAAGGACAGCAUUCUCACCUACACUACCAACGACAUCUUCAAGGACCAGCUUAACUUCCAGGCUUGUCCCAACGCUGUUGGUGGUGGCUACGCCGUCUGGCUCGGUGGUAACUUUGACCCCGCUGGCCAGAAGGACUGCAUUCCCUUCAGUGGUCUCGCCGUCAAGAAGCCCGAGGACCUCCGCUGCCACUACUCUUUCUAA